AUGUCAUCAGAGAUUCAACGCCUCCAAGAGGCUUUAGAUAAUGCACAAUCAGAGCGAGAGAACUCUGUUUUAAGAGCAACGGUUGACCUGAGCGAUACAACCCUGGUCUAUAAUGAUCCUUCACCAAGCCAAUCAAUCACCCUGCCUCAAAUAUCAACUACAGCAACACAAUGCCGGACGAUUGGUAAUGUUACACUCAGCAUUGCUCAAGUCAACGACUUGUUCAAGAUCUAUUUCGCUCGCUGUCAUCGAUAUCUACCCUUUACAAUGGUGACACAAUCCCCUGACGCCAUGUACUCAGAUUGUCCACUUCUGUUCUGGGUCAUAUGUGCAGUAGCAGCUCACGACAAACUAAAAUCACAACUGGCACCAUUACUCAAGGUUCUUCUAGCUGACACGAUUCACUCUCAGCCACGGACAAUUGCAACAGUCCAAGCACUUCUCAUCAUGUCGACAUGGCCCUUUUCGGUCACCGCUGUGGCAGACGAUCCCUCAGACUUCUACUGCGGCAUAGCAACUCAGAUGGCUCUCCGACUGGGAGUCCAUCGUCCAACUCAGUCUCACUUGCAUACGUAUGGCUCCGAGGAGCAUGCCAGUGCCAGUGUUGUGAGUCGUGAGGUGCAACUCACCACUUGGAUGGCAUGUUUCAUCGUGAGCCAAAGGAAUUUUCUAUUCCGGGGAGUUCCUCAGCCAGCAUGGGUAGACGAUCAUCUGCUCAACGCCUUCGAUGACUUCUUGGGUGAUCCUGUAUUAAGGCUACUUUGCCGCAUCUUUCAUACGCUAAUGCAGGCUUAUCUCUAUGUGGGCGCGAAAGCGCCAACUGACUCCGGCAUGCUUGCGCCUGCAUCAAGAUUGACAGCAGUGGCUUCUUGGGUGGACCAGUUAGCAAAAUUGGAAGCAAAGUUUGUCGACGUGACGAACGAUGCGGUCAAACAUGCGUUUUUGACUACAAGAAUGGGAAUACUGGCCUUUUGUUUACUCGAUGAUAUGCCAGUUUCUGAACAACUUCUCGAGCAGGUACAAAGUGCAAAACGGCAUGCUUGUGAUCUCAUAGAGCUCGGAUACGGACAAAAUCUAGCCACUGCCCCUGCUCACGUCCGCAAUGCCCUCAGCUACGCAGGGUUUAUACUGAUCAAGAUUCUACGUGCAAGAUUGAUUUCGGAUGCAGAAGUGCUCCAGGAUCAAAUUGAGAGGGUUCGACAGAUCCUCAGUACAAGUGCACCGUCAGUUGAUGACACAUAUCGAAAGGCCAGUCAUAUAAUGCACAUGCUUACAUAUGUUGAGGAUAAACGGCUGUCACUACCGAUAUAUACGAGGAUGGGUGCCUCGGUUGUGUUUGACUUGCUGCGGAUAUGUGCAGAGCACAGGUCUGGAGCUUUUGUCGAGGCUGGGGGGACAGAAAUCGAUCUAGAAGGAUUUGACUGGAAUGUCUGGGAGUGUUUGACUUGA